GAGGAGGGGACCCCAGCAAAAUGCCUACAUUGCCCUUAGAUGAACUACAGAUCACGGAAAAAGAUCCCCAAACGGGAAAGCUGAGGACAGUGCCAGCCCUGCACCCGGACCAGAAGGCUGACCGCUGCUUCGUGAUUUACAAAGCUCCACCUGUAGACAACUGUGCCGCUGGUGUAGAGGAGUACCUGGAACGGGCUGCCUUCAUCGCCGACGACCUCGACUGGCUGCUGGCCUUGCCCCAUGACAAGUUCUGGUGCCAGGUGAUCUUUGAUGAGACCCUGCAGAAGUGCCUGGACUCCUACCUGCGCCAUGCACCCCGCAAGUUCGAUGAGCUGUCUGCACCCCCCUCGGCGGUCAGCGAGAUGCAGAAACGCCUCCAUCGCAGCGUCUUCCUCACCUUCCUCCGCAUGUCCACGCACAAGGAAUCCAAAGAUCACUUCAUUUCCCCGUGUGCUUUUGGAGAAAUCCUGUAUAACAACUUCCUCUUUGACAUCCCAAAGAUGCUGGACUUGUGCGUGCUGUUCGGAAAGGGCAACGGGCCCCUGCUACAGAAGAUGAUCGAAAACAUCUUUACUCAGCAGUCGAGUUAUUACAAUGAUCUGGACGAAACUGUGCCCACUAUCCUUCAGGUACUCAGUGAUAUCCUCCAGCGGUGCGGCCUGCAGAGCGAAGGGGCCUCCACCGAGCCCCAGAGACUAGAAGAGAAAGUCAGGAUAAAUCCCGGUGCCAUGCCUCUUCAGGAAUUAAGAGAUGUGGUCCUCUACUUGUGUGAUACGGCUACCACCCUCUGGGCCUUUUUGGAUGUCUUCCCAUUGGCUUGCCAGACCUUCCAAAAGCAUGACUUCUGUUCCAGACUGGCUUCUUUUUACGAGCUGGCGAUUCCUGAGCUGGAGUCCGCAAUCAAGAAGAGGAGGCGGGAGGAUAGCAAGUUACUGGCCGACCUGUGGCAGAGAUUUUCCCAUUCUCGGAAGAAGUUGGUGGAAGUUUUUCAUAUCCUCAUUAAUCAGAUCUGCCUCCUUCCCAUCCUAGAAAGCAGCUGUGACAACAUCCAGGCCUUUAUCGAGGACUUCCUUCAGAUUUUCAGCUCCCUGCUACAAGAGAAGAGGUUUCUCCGAGAUUACGACGAGCUCUUCCCUGUGGUGGAUGACGUGAGUUUGCUGCAGCAGGCGUCCUCGGCCUUGGACGAGACCCGGACUGCCUACAUCCUGCAGGCCGUGGAGGGGGCUUGGGAAGGCGUGGACAGAAAGAAAGCUUCCACCAAGGACUCAUCACCUUCCAAGCCUCUGGAGAGGCUUCGGGCCCCAGAGCCGGCCCCCAGGGCGGCCCCCGCCCAGCCAAAGCCCGCCCACCAUGAGGACGAGUGUGCCGGGGCGGCAGCCGCCGCGCCCGCCGCCUCCCGCAUCUCCGGAGUCGAGCUCGACUCCCUGAUCUCGCAGGUGAAGGACCUGCUGCCGGACCUGGGCGAGGGCUUCAUCCUGGCCUGCCUGGAGCACUACGGCUACAGCGCGGAGCAGGUGAUCAACAACAUCCUGGAGGACAGGCUGGCCCCGGCGCUGAGCGGCCUCGACCGCAGCCUCAACAGGCAGAUGCAGCCAGGCCCGACCCCGCUCAUCAAUUCUCGCCAUAACGUUUUCCAGAACGACGAGUUUGAUGUGUUCAGCAGAGACUCGGUGGACCUGUCGCGGGUGCAGAAAGGCAGGAGGAAGGGCGAGAACACCCGCAGCCUGCUCAACGACAAGCGGCUGGUCCAGGAGCAGAGGGAGCGCUACAGCCAGUACAGCAUGGUGGUGGACGAGGUUCCUGUCCAGGAGGGGGCCGCAGAGGGCCAGCUCUGCAGGGACAACUACGAGGACGAGUACGACGACACGUACGACGGCAACCAAGUGGGCGCCAACGACGCGGACUCGGACGACGAGCUCAUUAGCCGGAGGCCGUUCACCACCCCGCAGGUGCUGAGAACCAAAGUGCCUCACGAGGGGCCCGACGACGAAGAGGAGGAAGAGGAGGAGGCUGAAGAAGAAGGCCCCAAGCCGGACCAUUUUAUCCAGGACCCCGCCGUGCUGAGGGAGAAAGCAGAAGCCCAGCGGAUGGCCUACCUGGCCAGGAGAGGGUACAGGCACGACGGCUCUUCGACGGUCACCGGCAACCCGCGCGGCCACGGACAGAGCCGAGAGACGACCCAGGAGCGCCGGAGGAAGGAGGCCAACAAGGGGGCCCGAGCGAAUCACAACCGGCGGCUCAUGGCCGACAGGAAGAGGACCAAGGGCAUGAUCCCGUCCUGAGCGCCCCCCCACCCCCGCCCCCCGGAGGGGCCCCCGC